AUGUCCCCUCCCAUGUGUAUUCAGGAGGACUUCGGGGCCCCCAACACUUAUUCUGUGUACAGGGGAAAAUCACACAACGAGCUUGAGAAACCGGGCUACCCAGAAGUCUCUGCUUUGACCCCCCUGUCCUGGCAAGAGCUUGAAGGUGAGCGGGCCAGCUCCUGUACGCACAAGCGCUCGGCGUCCUGGGGCAGCACAGACCACCGAAAAGAGAUUACCAAGUUGAAGCAGCAACUGCAGAGGACAAAGCUGAGCCGCAGUGGGAAGGAGAAGGAGCGGGGCUCCCCACUCCAAGGGGACCACGCCGUGCGGGGAGCACUGAGGGCGUCCCCUCCCAGCUUCCCCUCAGGGUCACCUGUCCUGCGACUCAGCCCCUGCCUGCACCGGAGCCUGGAAGGGCUCAACCAAGAGCUGGAGGAGGUGUUUGUGAAGGAACAGGGAGAAGAGGAGCUGUUGCGGUUGUCUGGGGAAUGCAAACUCGGCUGA